GACAACUGUUCGAGACGUCUGCACAGUAGUUUGUGCGGUUAACAAACAUCACUGACAACGUAUCUUCUUACAGCUGAAACUGAACCAAAAAAUACAAAGAAAUGGAACUUGUUUUAACACAUCUUAAGGACUUUUCUUGCAAAUCAGCAACAUUUAAUGACAGCAGUUCAACGGCAGAACUGCAACUGUUUCAUAGAAAUAGUGGAGAAGAAAGGAACAGAAAAUUAGACAUCGAGAGCUCUCUGGCCUGGCUGAAGAAAGAAUUGAUGGAGAUGCGUUAUUUGGACCAAAUGUUAGUUAAGCAACUGAUGGAACUUCAUGCUGGCAUCCAAGAACUGAAACUGGAAUACUGUGAUAUGAAUGACUUGGGCUCUGACUCUGAGACUGACAGCAUUUGCUCAAGCACAGGAGAUGGGUGUCCUAGUCCCUUAUCAAUAAACUCUACUUUCUACGUGACCUCCAGAAGAACAUUUUGCAGAAGGAGCUCUAUGCCCUGACAAUCACUUAUAAACCACAUACAUAAUCUAAUUUACUAAAAUGCCUGGCACACUUUACAAAACUAAUAUCAGGCAUGGAAAACCUUUAAUUUGUCACAUGACCUUACAUCUGACAGAUGGCUGAUAAAUACUCUAGCUGUCAGAUAUUCAUUAUGCUGGAAGUAACUGACUUUUAUUUUACAAUUAAUAACAGUCUAAUCUCCUAAUCAUAUAAUUCCUUGUGAGGUUAAACUAAGUCAAAUGUUUGUAUUUAAUGGCAACACACAAAACAUUUGCAAAUCCCAUGUUGCUAUGUAUUUAGCUAAACACUACUGAUUAUAUUUACUGAAGUCUUCUGUGUAAAACCAGCAGAUGCCGGUAUGUCCCUUAAAAAAGUACGAUUGUAGAAUGUUAUUAACAUUAAUGAUAUGUCUGCACCCCUUAAUAUACAACUGUUUUGAUUGAUUAACUUUAUUCCUAGUUGUUUACUAGACUAGAAAUGUUAGUAGUUUUAUAUAACUGAUGCCUGCUAGUUUAUUACACUGUACAGGAAGAUCUCUGCUCACAAGGAUGCAAUGGAUGUAAAAAGAUGUCACUGUAAAAUAAUGUUUGUUUUAUAAUUAAGUCUUAUUUGUGACAACUGGUUCAUUUGUGAGCAGAGAUUUUCUUGUUGUACUUUGUUAUUGAAUUACUUCUCUGGUUGAGGAAUUACCAACUUGAGCUGAUUGUUUGCUGCUAAGUUUGCUGUGCUGAAAAUGUUAUUAAUGCUGUUUAACUUAAAUUCAUAUUGAGCACACAUAUUCAUCAUAAUAAUUUGUCCAUAACACAGGAGCAGAGAAAAAGUAAGUAAUCCACUACAAUUAAAAUGUAAUUAUUUCAGUGCCAUAUAUCACUGAAUGUAACAAUUUGUUUUAUUGUACAGAAAAUAUAAGAAAAUGAACUGAAAACAUGGGAGGUUGGCAUAAUGGUUAAGGUAUUUACCUUACAGACACAAGAGGCAAGGUUUGAUUCUCAUAUGGUAUAAUCGCCUUUGUUUAAAAUGGCCUAUAAUGGUACUUAGCCUAAUACUGAUCUAUGAAUAUAACCUAUGGAAUCUACACAUUCCAUACUAGUUUAUAUCAUAAAAACUUGUCCACAGAGUUUGCUAGACUGAGAGAAAAUAAUCUAUACCAACUCCUCUAAGCAACCAAGUUUCUCUAGUGCACCAGUGAUGAUCUCCAUUUGCUAAAAUGUUUAUAUUCCUAGAAAUCGUAGAGCCAUGAAAAAAUAUAUAUGUUUUUAACAUCAGUCUGUUCGUACCUUAGAUAUAAGUCAUCAAGAUCUUGACUGAGAUGAUCCCUUCUUUGCUUUCCUAGGAUAAUAAGGGGAUAGUGACAGAUUUUUUUUCUAGUGGCAGUUCAUUCUGCUCUUUAAACUGAUGAAACGCUCUGAAAAAAUCAGUAUACAUCCACACCUGCAUAAGAGAGGAUGAAAAGCAUCAUGGGCAGGAUUUUCUUUAUGAAUGUUUGAGUAAUAUUUAAAUUUUCUUUACCUAGGCAAUGCACAAACAUUUGUUUGCUACUGUGCCAUAGUUUCUUUAGUGUCAGUAAGAAAAAGGUAUAGUCUUAGAACUGUCAGGAGCUUGUUUGUCAUACAACCCAAGAUCCAUUUAGAACUUCAUAUGUAGUCUACCAUGAAAAUAAUGUAAAUAAAACAUUACUCCUAACACUAACUGCAUAUUUCAUUUAUUUUAUUUUAUGCAUCUGCUUACCAGGUAAAGCCACCUAGGCAUAGGUGCAUCUUUUUGGGGUAACUAUGGACACCAGUUUAAUUUCAUGAUUUUCUCAGAGUCAGAAAGAAUUAUUUGGAAAUUGAAAGAGUUAAAAACAGACCUGCUUAAUGAAGCUGAUUAGUAAAUCAUAACCUUAACCUCUGCAUUAUAAUGUCAGGGCCAUAUAUCCUCUGACUACUAUCCAUACAUUGUAAAUUUGGACAACUGAGCUUAUAUAUAAGUGAUACGGUGAGUAAAACAAAUGUGAAACUAGUAGUAUUGUACCCAAGAACAAUUUGAAACAUUACCUAUCCCCUUUAAUUACAGAAUCCAUUUGUUUAAUUUCAGUACUUUCAAAGAUUUGUGUUUCAGAUUUUGUAAACCACUAAUUACAAUUAACUGGUUUUAUCAAACAUUUGCUUUGAUUCUGUACUACCAUAAUGCUCCCUUUGUAUUGCCUUUUAGGAAGAUAUUAUGUAUUUAUAUCUUAUUUUACUACAGUUUGUUAUGGUUACUGUAGCAACAGAAUGUCAAGGCAGAAUGAUGUGCGAAUGCUCUCAUUUAUGCAAGAACUAGUUAUGAGCACUUAGACUACGUAGACUUUGCCUAGUCCCAAAACAUUUAUAGCUAUUCGUAUAUAAAAUACAUUACUACACUUAAUUCCUUAGCAGAUAAAUGUUUACCUUUAUUUUCCAUGUCAAACUUGUCUAUAGGUCCUACUAGAACAUUAGGAAGGCACAAGACCCUUCAGAUAUUACUACUUAGUAUCACCUCUGUGCUUUAAGACAACAUAUGCAUCUCUGAAUUUCUGGAAAAGAAACUCAAAUUUAUUUGGUCAGCCUCACCAGUACACAUAAAGAGUAAAAUCACGUCACAGUUUGUUAUGCUUUUCUGACAAGCAUUUUCCAAUGCUAUUUAAUACAGUCCACAAACAUAACCACUGCACUUACCUUCAGAUUUUGCAUGCUUAUACUGUGGUGGUUUUGGCCUUUGAGCCUUGCCUAAAAGGGGCACUAUGGG